UUAGUUUGUUAAAGACGUCACAGAUUGUCUCGCGCACACAGGACUGAGCGGCGCGCGGCUGAUCACGUGACGCUGUCUGCUGCUGGCUGAAGUGAAGCGUGUUUGCAGAUUUUUCUAUUUUGUACAUACAUUGUUUUGUAUAUACUGUAUAUGAUGACGUCGCUAGUCAGCGAUCGCUCGCGAGGGUCCCGAGACAAAGCACUGCCUGCAACCACACAACCCACACAGCCACAGAAACACAUACAGGCCACAGCGGAACAGAUCCGGCUGGCCCAGGUGAUCUAUGACAAGAACGAUGCCGACUUCGAGGACAAAGUGAAACAGCUGAUGGAGGUGACAGGAAAGAACCAGGACGAGUGCAUGGUGGCUCUCCACGACUGCAACGAGGACGUGAACAGGGCCAUCAACUUCCUGCUGGAGGAUAGCUCAGACACGACCUCUUGGGAAACGGUGGGGAAGAAGCGGGGGCUUGUGAAGGAGGGAUCGUCUUCGGAGAACAAGGAAAACAAGGAGAACCGGGAGAAGAGAGGGGAGCGGGAGGCCAGCCGGGGACGUGGAGGAGCGAUCAAGAGGGGGAGAGGAGCCAACCGCACUCGGGACGUAAGGUCAGAGGAGAACGGAGUGGACCUGGGUCCUGGGGAGAGGGGCGUGGACCGCAGAGGACGAGGGCGUGGCCGAGGGUCAGGGGUUCGAGGCAGGGGCCGAGGAGCUGGGGGAAGCAGGUUUUCCUCACAAGGAAUGGGGACCUUUAACCCAGCUGACUACACCCCCAACUCGGGCUCAGGGGCUGGGGGUGCACGUUCAGACACCUGGGAGUCCGGCGCUAAAGACUCUGUUGAUGGAACAGGAGCCUGGAGAAAUUCCCUGGAUGACUGGGUCACUGAAGACUGGAAUGAAGAUCUGUCUGAGACCAAAGUGUUUACUUCCUCCGCUACACCUGGGACUGAGAACCACAUCACACCUGGACAAAGCCUGGACUUGGCAUCUCUGCUGCGCAAGCCCGGCGGGCCGGAUAUGGGGGAAACGGCGGACGGCGAGCCCCCCUCCGCAGACGGGCUGGGCCACAGCCUGGUGUUCACCAACUCACAGCACCUCAACUCCCGUAGCUCCGCCCCCAGCUACGCCCACGCUGCCCUGUCCUCUGUCCUGGGGUCUGGUUUUGGGAGCCUUGGUGGCUCUAAGCCGGCCCCUCAGGCAUCUGGACCUCCCGUCCUGGAUCAGCUGAAAGGAUCGGGCCUGGGCCCGCGGCCCGCUCAGCCGCCCGUUGCCGGGGGCAACGGCGCCCCCGCAGGGGUUCCACCGCCAGCCCCAGCAGUGACGGCGGCUUCGCCUGCUGCGGUCUCCACGACGGCCUGGGACAUCAAGCCUCCCGUGCAGACCACCACCGCCACCACGCUGUCCUCCCAGUUCAGCAGGGACUUCAAGACGCAGCCGGAGCCGUCGCUGGUCCUGAGCCAGCUGGCCCAGAGGCAGCAGAGCGCCCUGCCCCAGCCCGAGCCCCUGCCCCAGGCCCGGCCGGCCAGCCCCGCCACGCGCCCCACCCCCUCCCCCCCGGGCCUGGAACCCUUCCCCAAACCCCGCGACCCCUCCCCGUCCCGCGACGGGCCCUCGCCGGGAGCCAAAGCGUCGUCGACGGCGGCGACGGACCCCCAGGUCAGCGGCGGCUCGCAGCAGAGGCAGAUGAAGACGCAGAAGCGCAGGAUACCCCCCAGCUCCAAGAUCCCCUCCUCUGCGGUGGAGAUGCCCGGCUCCGCGGACGUCUCCGGGCUCAACGUGCAGUUCGGGGCUCUGGACUUCGGGUCGGAGCCGGCCCUGCCCGACUUCGGCCAGCCGGACAGCUGCGGCACCAGGGAGCCGGCGCCGGCGGCACAGACGCCAAACAGCCUCUACUCCAAACCCAUCAGUGAACCCCUGGGUAGCUCCCUCUCUAUCCCCCUGUCCAGCCUGCCCUCUUCCCUGGCCCCUCCCAGCUCCGCCACGCCCCCUGCCGCCUCGUCGUCCUCCUCCUCCUCUUCGUCGUCCGGGAGUGGCGUAGAGACCGCCGCGCCCUCGCACCCCCACCUCCCGUUCUCCCAGAGCCAAGACUCCUCCUCCUCCUCUUCCUCCUCCGCUCCGGUGUCGAACGGCUUCAACGGCGUCAGGACCACCGCGACGCACGAAAGGUGCGGCUAUCGCUCCUCCUCAGCUACGUCGGCCUCCUCCACCCCGAAGCCGGAGUCUCCGGCCCUCGGGGGCAGCAGCGGCAGCUCCGCCCGACCCCCCUCCGCCCUCCUGCCCCCCUCCGUGCCCCCCCACAACUCCGCCCUGCCCAGCCUGGCCUCCGAGAUGCCCUCCGCCCCCCUGCCCGCGCUGAACAGCUCUCUGUCGAGCAGCCAUGCGAACAGCUCACAGUCCUCGGCCCUCACCUCCAGCUCCUCUCUCACACACACCAGUGUGGACAGCUCCAUCUCCCACACGGUCUCCGCCCCCCUGAGCAGCAACAACGGGACCGCGGGCGGCGGCGCGGUCGGCGUGACCAGCAGCGUGCACGGGACCGGGGUGCUGGGCCUGACCGCCAACGGGACGACCGUGCCCUCCGUCUGCAGGACCGCCCCCCUGCCGUCCUCUUCCUCGGGUAAAGCCCCCCCUAACCUGGCGCAGGGCGUGCCCCCUCUGCUGCCGAACCAGUACAUCAUGGGUCCAGGAGGCCUGCUGCCCGCGUAUCCGCAGAUUUACGGCUAUGAGGAUCUCCAGAUGCUGCAGUCACGGCUGCCCAUGGAUUACUACGGAAUCACAUUCCCUGGCCCAGCUGCUACACUGGCAGGCAGAGAUGGGAGUUUAGCCAAUACCCCUUACUCAGGUGAAGUGACGAAGUUCGGCCGGGCGGACUCGGCCUCCCCGGCGCCGCCCACCAGCCUGUCGGCCCCGCCCCAGCAGGCCCCGCAGGGCCAGAGCGGGGCGCAGAGCCAGGCGCCCCAGCAGCAGGGCGGGCACGGCGGGCAGCAGGCCUUCCUGAACGCGGCCCUGCCGCCCGGCUACGGCUACACGGGCCUGCCCUACUACCCGGGCGUGCCGGGCGUGCCCAGCGCCUUCCAGUACGGGCCCACCAUGUUCAUGCCGCCGGCCUCGGCCAAGCAGCACGGCGUCGGGCUGGGCAACCCCUCCACGCAGUUCCAGCAGCAGCAGCAGCAGCAGCAGCAGGCCGCGUACGGGCAGCACACCUACGCCUCAGGGUUCGAUGAUCUGUCGCAGGGCCCAGGAGACUACAGUAAAGGAGGCUACAGCAGCUCCUCUCAAGCACAGGCCAAAGCUGCUUCAGCCAGCCAGGGGAAAGCUCUUCCGUUUCCCACAGGAAUCUCUGUGACCUCCAGCAACGCCGGAGUACCAGACAUGACCACUUCUGUUUACAACAAGACCCAGUCCUUUGACAAGCAGGGAUUCCACACCGGGACCCCGCCGCCCUUCAGCUUGCCUUCGGCGCUGGGAGGGACAGGACCCCUGAACCCCGGUGGAGCCCCCGGCUACGCCCCGGCGCCCUUCCUCCACAUCCUGCCUGCGCACCAGCAGCCCCACUCCCAGCUGCUGCACCACCACCUCACACAGGAUGGCCAGGGCGGCCCAAGCCAGCGCAGCCAGUCCAGCAGCAUGCAGCAGAAGACCCAGGUCACCAAGUCCAGCUACGGUGGCUCCCCCUACUGGGGAAACUGAGUGGGGGGCCCCAUGUGACCUCCUACCUCUGUGUACCCCAAGAGAGGGGAAGGAACGUGUACUGACUGGUCAGAUCCAUUUGUGGUGUAAAGCUAAACCCACACACCCACACAUACAUACAUACAUGCACACACACGCACACUACCGACACCCCCUCCUUUAAACCCAGCUCUCAUUUAUUUUUCCUUUUUUCCUUUUUUUUUUUUUUUUGCUGUCGUUGUACAUGUAAAAUAUUUAUGUA